AUGGCGCCACAAGAUGAGCAGGAUUCAGGGGUACCAAUCAGCGACUCCGCUAUGCUGUUCAAGACAAACUUUGAGGAGAAAAUCUCUGAAAUGAAGGAGAAUCUGCAUUUCAUCAAGACAGCAUCAGUAGAAAUGAAAGAGAGCAAAGAAGUUGGCAAAUUGUUUCAGCUGAUCCUUGCGAUGGGGAACUACAUGAACAAGGGCAACCAGAGAGUUGGAGAAGCAGCUGGCUUCAGAGUCACCUUCCUCACACAGCUGGACGUUACAAAGACAAGCGACAACAAGCUGACCUUCCUCCACGUACUGGUGGACACCAUCAAGACCAAGUUCCCGGAGCUCAUCACACUCAGCGAGGAAAUUAACUCAGUUUCUAAAGCUAGUAAAGUGUCCAACGUUCUGCUCCAGCAGGAGUUACAGGAUCUCAGAAAGGCAGUACAGGAAAUCUCCAGCACCCUGGAGAAGAUGAAGGGGCACCAACCACCUGCCGGCAUCACCGACAGAUUCAAUGACGUCAUUGGUGUAUCCUUUACUGUUAGUAACCACUCAGUAUUACAUAAGGUUUCAGUCAUACAAGCGUCAAGAAGAUAA